AUGCCUCCACCCUUCAAUCACCCAAGUCUGGAACUUGAGCUACUAGCUCAGACUUUCUUCGUUAAGCAGUUCCCAGUAGAUGCAGGCGUUCCAGCUGCAAUUGCGAGUGGGCUGAAUGCUGCUCAACACACUCCAGGGGUCUUCUCCAUCACCAGAACAGGCGAAGAGAUUUCUGUUGUUGGUGAAUCUGUCGACGACGAUGGCGAAUGGAAAUGCAUCAAGAUAGCAGGGCCCAUGAAAUUUGGUGUCUUCACUACAUUUGUUGGGUUGACUGGCGUAAUUUGUAAUUUCACGACGCCGCUGAGAGAUGCUAAUGUCCCAGUGUUCACAGUUUCGACAUGGAAUACCGAUUAUGUUCUGGUACCCAAAGACAAGGCCGACGCUGCCGUUGCAGCACUAACAGAGGAUGGCUGGAGAUUCCGAGAAAAUACUCGAGACACAUAGUCUAGAUAGGCUGAAGAAGAUUUUUUGCAUAAAAACAUAAAGUGUGGACUGUAAAAUUGAUGGCACUUGUAUACGGCGGUCAACGAAAGAAAGUUUUGUUUCUCAA